CGGCCGCGGCGGGCAGAGGAGAUGCGGCCGCGGCGCGCCCCCGGUCCGGCCGCCGCGCAGCGCCCCCCCCGGAGCCGACGCCAGCGCGCCGGGGGCCGGGGCUGAGCCCCCUCCCCCAGCGCAGCGCAGCGGGCCCGGGGGCGGGGAGAGCGCGCGCCCCCAGCCCCCCUCCCCACCCUGGGAUGCCUGGCUGAGCCGGCCGGGCCGGGACAGGUGCGCGCACGAACCGCCCCCCCCCCACCCGCGCCCUCCCGCCCUCGAGCUCCCUCCCGCGCACUCGCGGCGGCCGCGGCUCCGAGGUGUCACCUCCUGUCGCCCUGACCUCGCCAUGCGGACUCCGCGAGCGCCCCCUCCCCGCCCGGCCCUACUGCUCCUGCUGCUGCUACUGGGAGGCUCCCACGGCCUCUUCCCCGAGGAGCCGCCGCCACUCAGCGUGGCCCCCAGGGACUACCUGAACCACUAUCCCGUGUUCGUGGGCAGCGGGCCAGGACACCUGACCCCCGCAGAGGGCACCGACGAUCUCAACAUCCAGCGGGUUCUGCGGGUCAACAGGACGCUCUUCAUCGGGGACAGGGACAACCUGUACCGGGUGGAGCUGGAGCCCCCCACGUCCAUGGAGCUGCGGUACCAGCGGAAGCUGACCUGGCGCUCCAACCCCAGCGACAUCAACGUGUGUCGGAUGAAGGGCAAGCAGGAGGGCGAGUGUCGAAAUUUUGUAAAGGUGCUUCUACUUCGGGACGAAUCCACCCUCUUCGUGUGUGGUUCCAAUGCCUUCAACCCCGUGUGUGCCAACUACAGCAUGGACACACUGCAGCCCCUCGGGGACAACAUCAGUGGCAUGGCCCGCUGCCCAUACGACCCCAAACACGCCAAUGUUGCCCUCUUCUCUGAAGGGAUGCUCUUCACAGCCACCGUUACCGACUUCCUAGCCAUCGACGCCGUCAUCUACCGCAGCCUCGGGGACCGGCCCACUCUGCGCACCGUGAAACACGACUCCAAGUGGUUCAAAGAGCCCUACUUUGUCCACGUGGUGGAGUGGGGCAGCCACAUCUACUUUUUCUUCCGGGAGAUCGCAAUGGAGUUUAACUACCUGGAAAAGGUGGUGGUGUCCCGUGUGGCCCGGGUGUGCAAGAAUGACGUGGGCGGCUCCCCUCGCGUGCUGGAGAAGCAGUGGACGUCGUUCCUGAAGGCACGGCUCAACUGCUCGGUGCCAGGGGACUCCCACUUCUACUUCAACGUGCUGCGGGCCGUCACGGGCGUGGUCAGCCUGGGGGGCCGGCCCGUGGUCCUUGCUGUUUUCUCCACGCCCAGCAACAGCAUCCCCGGCUCGGCCGUCUGCGCCUUUGACAUGACACAGGUGGCUGCCGUGUUUGAGGGCCGCUUCCGUGAGCAGAAGUCCCCUGAGUCUAUCUGGACACCCGUGCCGGAGGACCAGGUGCCACGGCCCCGGCCCGGGUGCUGUGCAGCUCCUGGCAUGCAGUACAAUGCCUCCAGCGCCUUCCCGGACGAGAUCCUCAACUUCGUCAAGACACACCCCCUGAUGGACGAGGCAGUGCCCUCACUGGGCCACGCACCCUGGAUUGUUCGGACUCUGAUGCGGUACCAGCUGACGCGAGUGGCCGUGGACGUGGGCGCCGGCCCCUGGGGCAACCAGACUGUCGUCUUCCUGGGUUCUGAGGCGGGCACUGUCCUCAAGUUCCUUGUCUGGCCCAACGCCAGUGCCUCGGGCACCACCGGGCCCAGUGUCUUCCUGGAGGAGUUUGAGACUUACCGGCCGGACAGGUGUGGACGCUCUGGGGGUGGCGAGACAGGGCAGCGGUUGCUGAGCCUGGAGCUGGAUGCGGCCUCGGGUGGCCUGCUGGCGGCCUUCCCCCGCUGUGUGGUCCGAGUGCCCGUGGCGCGCUGCCAGCAAUACUCAGGAUGCAUGAAGAACUGUAUUGGCAGUCAGGACCCCUACUGCGGCUGGGCCCCGGAUGGCUCCUGCAUCUUCCUCAGCCCUGGCACCAGAGCCACCUUUGAGCAGGAUGUGUCCGGGGCCAGCACCUCAGGCUUAGGGGACUGCACAGGACUCCUAGGGGCCAGCCUCUCGGAGGAGCGCGCCGGGUUGGUGUCGGUGAACCUGCUGGUGACGUCGUCGGUGGCGGCUUUCGUGGUGGGCGCCGUGGUGUCCGGCUUCAGCGUGGGCUGGUACGUGGGGCUCCGCGAGCGGCGCGAGCUGGCCCGCCGCAAGGACAAGGAGGGCAUCCUGGCGCACGGGGGCGGCGAGGCCGUGCUUAGCGUGAGCCGCCUGGGCGAGCGCCGGGCGGGCGGCCCCGGGGGCCGGGCCGGGGGCGGCGGCGGGCCCGGGGUUCCCCCCGAGGCCCUGCUGGCGCCCCUGAUGCAGAACGGGUGGGCCAAGGCCACGCUGCUGCAGGGCGGCUCCCACGACCUGGACUCGGGGCUGCUGCCCACGCCCGAGCAGACGCCGCUGCCCCAGAAGCGCCUGCCCACCCCGCACCCGCACGCCCUGGGCCCUCGCGCCUGGGAGCACGGCCACACGCUGCUCACAGCCUCCCUCUCAUCCUCCCUCCUGCUGCUGGCCCCUGCCCGCGUCCCCGAGGCUUCCCCCGCGCCCGGCGAGCCGGCCCCCGACGCCCGCCUCUUCGUCGCGCGGCCCGGCCGCGCCUCCCACGGCGACUUCCCGCUCACCCCCCACGCCAGCCCGGACCGCCGGCGGGUGGUGUCGGCGCCCACGGGCCCCUUGGACCCGAGCUCCGCCGCCGACGGCCUCCCUCGGCCCUGGAGCCCACCGCCCACCGGCAGCCUCCGGAGGCCGGGCGCGCACGCCCCGCCCGCCGCCGCGCUGCGCCGCACGCACACGAUCAACAGCGGCGAGGCCCGGCCCCGCGGCCGCCACACCCGGCCCGGCACGGACUUGGCCCACCUCCUCUCGUACGGGGGCCCGGACAGGACUGCGCCCCCCGUGCCCUAGGCCGGGGCCGCGCGCCUCGGCGGUGCCAGCCACGGGAACCAGGAGCGAGAGACCGGGCCAGCUCCGAGUGGGUGCUCAGACCCCCGGCCCAGCCGCGCGGGGUGGGGGGCGCCCUCCGCCGCCCGGAAGCACAAGGGGCUCGGCUCCCCGCCCCGCCGCGCCCCGGGGCCGCAGGACCCUGAGGCGGUCUGGGGCAGGCGGGCGGGCGGGCGGAAUGUGCUGUGGAUUUGAGGUUGACCUUCUGCGCGUGGAUUUUUGGUUUGUUUUCCAAUUUGCGUUUCUUUUGCAGUUUUCUAACCAAUUGCACAACUCCGUUCUCGGGGUGGCGGCCGGGGGCUUGG